AUGGAGGCGAAGAAGAUGAAUCACGGCCUAGCUGGUCCGCAGGCGGAGCCAAGGGACUUGGACGCAGACUGCCCCGAAAUCGUCGAUAAGUGCCAAGAUCGCUACAUUCCGUUCGGCGAGGGUGCGUUCCAGGUGCGCUUGCUGCUAGUCUCGGCGAUUGUCGGCGGCGUCUCUUUCAUUCAUUCGAAAAUCCUGCGACUGUCUCUGCGCGAGAUGGACCACUGGUGCCUGCGGCCGGCCGCAUUCGCCGGGCUCAGCGUGGCCGCCUGGAAGGAAAUGGCCAUUCCGCGGGACGCCAACGGGAGCUACAGCCGGUGCACGGUGCGGGACCCGCCGGACGGGGGCCCCUCUGCCCGCGUGGUGGCCUGCACCUCGUGGGAGUUCAAUCUCACCGAGUACGGAAACACCAUCAUCAGCGAGUGGAACCUGGUGUGCAGUCGCAGGUGGAUGGCAGACAUUGCCCCCUUCGUCGCCUACGCCUUGACCAUCCUGUGGCUGCCGCUGGCCGGAGCGGCGGCCGAUCGCGUCGGCCGCAAGACAGUCGCCGUCGUGUCCCUCUCUGGGCUUCUGCUAACCAUCUUGGGAAGUUCGCUCGCGCUGGACUUCCAGACGUACGUCGUGAUGAACGCCGUGGCCAUGGCGAUGUCAUCCUCCCUCGUCGUGGUGUACAUCAUAAUCUACGAAGUCACAACCAAAUCGAGAAGGUUGCUUUACUGUACCAUCGCGCCGGCACUCUCGGCCACCUUGGUGCCAAUGUUCUCCGUUCUCGUAGACGUGUACACGCUCAGCUGGUCCGUGUUGCACUUGCUGGUUGCGGCGCUGGCCUCGCUGCUCCUGGCCGCCUUCUGCACGGUGGAAGAGUCACACGCCUGGCUAGUGGCCAAGAGGAACAUCGGCGAGGCCGAGCGAGUCGCCGUCCGAGCGGCAAGGGUCAACGGCAUGGCGGCAAACGAGUGCCGGGACCUCCUCAGGAGGGAACUGCGGCAACUUGAGCGAGUCGAGACUUCGUCGGUGGAAGUCGCGAGCCGAACGCGGUCGGCGUCGCCGAGACGCAGGUGGCUCCUGCUCGCCUUCACCUGGCUCGCCAUCAGCUGGCCGGAUAGGCGCUUCAGCGGAGCACGCGGCGUCUCUCUCGACCCUCAAGUGCGCGUCGUCGCCUACCUCGGCACGGGCCUUGCUUUCUUGUUCGUAUGGCCCUUCCUUCAAGGCGGUCGCAUAGCCAAGACAGCCGUGGCUACGUUCGCCCUCGUCACCAGCGCCUUGACGGCCCUUCUGUUCGCCACAAUCACCGAUGAUGAGUACACGGCGCUGCGCGCCGUGUUACUCGUGUCCAUGCGGCUUUCGCUCAGCGUUCCGGUCGCCCUGAUGUUCUACCUCGCGGCCAACCUCUACCCGACCGAGAUCCGUUGCUCGGCUGUCAGCGCAGGCUAUGCCUUCGCCUUGCUCGGUGACAGCGUGGGAAAGACACACUACUGGCUCCUCUUCGGGCGCACGGAGGACACGAGGCUGGCGAUCGAGUCUAUGCUCCUGGCGCUGGCCUCUGUUGCUGUCGUCCACCUACCUUCGGGCGAUGGCUCCCACAGAGAGCGCCACUUUAGGUUUUGA